AUGAUUAGGCAAUACACCUGGCUGUCAGGAUAAGUGCGCCUACCUGUCACUUCCUGCUGUCUGUAUUUAUUCAUUUUCAAUUCUUUUUUCGACUAGAGAUAAUCUGGCACGUCACUGCCAUUUUUGUAUGAGUUCGUCUAAUGUAUCCCGCACGGUUUGUGGAUCCUGCGGACCAAACCUUACGACCUUGGCUUCAUGUUCGCCUUAAAGGAGGAGUAACCCCCUGGACACUGCUGAGGAAACACUGCUUGGAUUUAAUCAACCACCGCGGCUCUAGCUACUCGUUUUGAUGUGGACUCGUACUCUCGUCUUUAACAAUACAACAGCAGCAGCAGCAGAAACGAGGAACACUGACUGGUGGAAAGGCAUGGAUGACAGGUUAUGUGUGCCCCCCAGCUAAAGGCCUCUGUUGCCCUGACCUGUGUAUCCCACCAGUCCCUCUAUGAGAAUGUAUCGCAGGAACGGGCUCUCGGAUGGCACCAGCAUCAAUUCAGUCACCUCAGAGGCCAGCAGCAGCUCUGAUUCUCUGGAUGGACCUUGUGUGGACUAUGCCAAAAGCUACGACGCAGUCGUCUUUGAUGUGUUGAAGGUGACACCUGAGGAGUUUGCUGAAAGGGAGUUGGAUGCUGACUCUCUAAUAAAGUUCCUUCCAAAAGGGUGCUUAUAGCUCAGAGGAAUUACAAACUGCUGUUUUGUUUUUUAUGUGGCCUGGAAGGUCAAAGCACGACAACAAUUUACAAACCAAAACAACAUUUCACAAAACACCUGAGCCAAUCAGAAGCAGUGACAACAAUAGCUCAAAGACAAUGUUUGAGAGCCAAAUCACACUAAUGGACGCCCCAGUCUUCAAAGCGAUACAGCCAGAGGAGCUGGCCAGCUGUGGAUGGAAUGGGAAAGAGAAACACAGUUUGGCCCCCAAUGUAGUCGCAUUCACACGCAGGUUCAACCAGGUGAGCUUUUGGCUGGUGAGGGAAAUCCUAACUGCCCAGACACUGAAAAUCCGUGCAGAAAUACUGAGCCAUUUUGUUAAAAUAGCAAAGAAACUGCUGGAGUUGAACAACCUUCAUUCUCUGGUGUCUGUGGUGUCUGCUCUGCAGAGUGCUCCCAUCUUCAGACUCAGCAAAACCUGGGCGUUGAUCAGUCGGAAAGACAAGGCCACAUUUGAGAAGUUAAACUAUCUGACAUCCAAGGAGGAGAACUACACUCGAAUGAGAGAGUACAUCCGCUCUCUUAAGAUGGUGCCCUGUAUUCCUUACCUUGGGAUCUACCUGUUGGACAUGAUCUACAUCGACUCAGCCUAUCCUGCCUCAGACAGUAUCAUAGAGACAGAGCAGCGGACGAAUCAGAUGAACAACCUUCUCAGGGUCAUCUCCGACCUGCAGAUGUCAUGUAACUAUGAUCAUCUUGUGACCCUGCCACAUGUCCAGAAGUAUCUGUUGUCAGUUCGCUACAUAGAGGAACUUCAGAAGUUUGUAGAGGACGACAACUUCAAGCUGUCUCUGAAGAUUGAACCUGGCAACAGUUCCCCUCGCAUCGCUUCUUCUAAAGAAGACCUGGCAGGUCUAUCUGAAGUAUCUGCCUCUCUGAGGUAUAACCGACGGCCUACAUGCCCUGACGCUUCUGUGGGGGUACAUAUUCCCACCCCUCCCCCCUCCCAUCACAGGAAGAGCCAUAGCCUGGGAAACAAUAUGAUGUGUCAGUAUGGCAUGUCAGAGAGCAGGAGUGCCACGUUUCCCAUAGAGAAAGCACGGCACCUACUGGAUGACAGCUUCUUAGAAUCUCAGAGUCCUGUCAGAAAUGAUCCACACAGUACAUCUGUGUCCAAUGGCCUGUCAUUAGGCAGCAGUGAGAGCUCUUUUGGGGAGGAACUGUCACCUGGAAUGGAGAGGGGCCGUAUGUACGCAACACUGGGCCCCAACUGGAGGGUCCCACUUCGCAACUCCCCCCGGAGCCGCAGCUAUGUUUACAGCUCCUCUGCUGCCAACUCCUGCUAUGGAUGCAGUGAGGCCGGCAGUGUGACCAUUGAAGGACCCCUGCGAAGGAAAACACUGCUGAAGGAGGGACGAAAACCCAAGUUGUCAUCAUGGACCAGAUUUUGGAUCAGUUUGUCUGGAUCAACACUGACAUUCUAUGGGGCAAAAGCACUGAGGGCUUCUGAGAGGAAACAUUAUAAGUCCAACCCCUGUAAGAAAGUGUGUGUGACUGGAUGGAUGGUGGUGCUGCCAGAUGACCCAGCCAGACCCAACAUCUUCCAGCUCAAUGAUCCAGACAAAGGCAAUGUUUACAAGUUCCAGACAGGAUCCAGGUUUUCAGCCAUCAUCUGGCACAAAAACCUAGAGGAGGCUUGUAGGAGCAGAAGACCUCAGAUACCAGCAAACCUCAUGUCAUUUGAAUGAGAGCAGACCUUACCCAGAGGGGACAUUAUUGUGCCAAAUCCACUUGUUUAGGAAGUACAGACUACAGUUGAUUGGUAUCUAUUGAAAUGGGAGGGUGGAGAAGUAUCUGAAGAAGCUCUUUGAUACUGGAUGUGUGACUACACAUGCCAACACACCUGCUGUCUUCUACACCCUGACAGAGUGUAAUGUAAAUUCUGGAAAAACGCAGUCAAUGGAGGACUCUGGUGAGGCUGUCCCCUUUUGUUUCUUUCUCUAAGCUUCCUUGUUCACUGUCAUUUGUUAUGCUGCUAUAAACAUGUGAGCAAGCACAUCAUUUUUUUGGCCCAUGUUGGGUUUUUGCUUAGGUGAAAAGUUGCAUCAGUGCACAAAUGUGCACAACAGUGUUAGCUGACUGAUGUUGAUCUUUGGUUUGCACACCAGUGUUAUACAGCCUUCAAAUGGAGCUCAGGUUUUCCAUAUGGAAAGAAAGAAAGAAAAAAAAACUCCCCUCUUGUUUAAGAAGUCCAACAAGACUAUUUCAAGGCACCUAAGAAAAAUAUGGAUGCCUGCUUUUUUGUUGUCAAUUAGGGUGAAAGAUUUCAUUUUUUUUUUUUUUUUUCAUUUCAACAUAUUGAGUAAGAGUAACAAACGAUGUCAAUACACAUCCCAACUUGUGAUCUUGGAUCUAUCUGAAAAGGUGUGGAGUAACAUGAAAAACAUGACCCUGUUUGAAGGCUUCAUUAUUACCAUGAAAGAUAAGCACUGCAGCAAAUGAGGACAGACGAUGACUCUUGAUCACCUUCAGCCCUCUGACAUAUGGCUGGACUGAAUUUGUUCUAAAAAAUAUGGUACUGAUAGUCAGACAAAAACAAUAUAGAGCCAUGAGUUUGGCUUUUAGAGCCAGUGUUGAACUGUUUUAAAAUAAGGACGUAACCCUGGAUUAGUUCAUCUGUUCACCACCUUGCUACCUCAGUUGGUAGUCCUACUGUAAAAGGUAUUUGUUGAUGUACAUAGCAAGGUUUACAAAUAGCAACAAUUAAUAUUUUCUACAGAACAAAUCAAAAUUUGACAAAUACCACAGCAACAGUACUGAACAAGGUGAUAACUAUAAUCAAUAAUGUAGAGAACAGCUAGCUGAUGUGAACACCAGUAUGCCAGGCAGCUGUCAGAGUGAAUUUAAGUAUCAGGCUUUCAACAAUCAUGUAUGUGAUGUGUGUGUAAAUACUGUAUUUAUUUUUAAAAGAGUUUAUUUUUGACAAUUGGCCAACAAAGGGAAAUGGUAUGAUGGAUUAUCUUUGAUUCACCAACUGCUGAACAAAGCUGCUCCUCAGAGACACUGUUGGUGGGAAGCCACCCUAAAACUUAGUCUGACUCCUGAUCUCACUCUGAAGGACACUAGGAUGAAUGAAGACUCCAUCAGCAUUGGUACUGUUAAAUAACCUGCUUCAAAAGCAAAAUGUUAUGUUGCAUUGUAAGGAUAAUUCUGCUGUAUUACAACUUGCAUCACUGGCCAUCCUCUUAUCAGUAAUGAUACGUACUCAAAGUUAAUUACUGGGUUUUGGGAACACAACAAAAGGAGUUUAAAUAGCUUGGGGUCUUGUUCACUAGUGAGGGUAAGAUGAACAGGUGGAUUGGCAAAGCAUCCAUGAUAAUGUGGAUAUUACAGCAGGGGAGAAGCAAUAGCAGUGAGCCUGAAGUUGAGAUUUUUUACUCACCAUAUACAGGGGAGGGAUUGCCCUGGAACUGCCCAGCAAGACCUGGAGGAUGAAUAUCUGACAGGAUAGGAACACGAGCAGUAAGACAGACAGACAGACAGACAGGUUGGCAACAAACCUCCAAAUUAAGAUUUAUUGGAAAGAGAAAACAAAAGCAAAAUGGUCACCAGUGUAUUGUGAACUCCAUCACAUUAUGCAGACACUUUUCAGGUGCACUCUCUUUCAGUUUGACCUCUAAAUAAAGGGAUUAGAUAAUUUGAAUAUACAUACUACAGCUUCUUGGCCCAUCAGAUUUUGCUAUAGAGAUGUGAUACUGCCAUGUUUCCAGAUCUCUUGUUACUUUAGGUACAGUGUUAUCAUAACUGAUGAAAACAGUGGUAAUUUGUGAAAAUAAGAGUUGUAAUACGCUAGUUAUUAUCCUAUAGGAGUAAAACUCUUGCAAAAAAAUGUAAAUGAAGUUAAAAAGUUAUGAAUAGAUGUCAAAUUUCUAAUGUUAUUUAUGAUAUUAACCAUAAUAAAAAAUAUUUAAAAAAAGAAUAAUUAAUCCAUCACUUGGAUAAUCACAUGGUUAAAAAUCUAACACGUUAUAUAUAUAUAUAUAUAUAUAUAUAUAUAACUCAUUCAUGUCCCUUACCAAAAUUAGUGUGGACGAAUCGUCCUCAACUAGCCGAUCGAUUCCCCAAAAUGACUGUCCGUGUGCAGUCAUUAAGGCUCUCUUAAAUUCCAGGGGACAAUAGUCGUGAUGAUACAUGUUAAUUCCCAUUUACUACAAAUCACAUGUAAUUUACUAAUUAUUCUGCAUAUCAUGUUUUAGAAACUGGAAUUUCCUGUUUCUACCAUUCCAGACUUUUACCAGUCUAUAUUUAUUUUCUGCAGGGUAGGAAAAUCAAUUGGCAGACUCCUGAAACUAGCUUGAUUCUUACAAUCCAUUAGAGCAUGGUCAAUGUUAGUUUAUAGCGGUAUUGGUGUAUGCUGCAUGUCAGUCAAUACAUAACAAAAAUGGUAUGGUCUCCAGAGAAAAAAAAAAGACUUGUCCACUGACAGGUUUAUUUUUUGCCAUGCUAGUGGUGUAGCUGUAGGAAUGGCACUGUCAGACAUUUGCUGAGUUGGUCCAGACUCGAAUAUCUCAACAACUAUGAGCUGAAUUGCCAUGGAAUUUCGUGCAGACUUUUGUGGCCCCAGGAGAACAAAUUCCAUUGACUUUGGUUAUCUAUCCUUUCCUCUAGCACCAUCAACAGGUCAAAAUUGGUAUUUAUCACCGUGGUUUAUGAUCAGCCACCUGCAAAAACUAAUCCCAUUCCCAGCAGCCUCAGUUCUUUGUGUUUGGUGCUAUUUAGUUAGCAUGUUACCACAAAAAAAUGUUAGACAUAUUAGACCUUCUUAACAUCAGCAUGUUAGCAUUGUCAUUGUUAGCAUGUUACCAUGCAUUAGCAUUUGACUCAAAGCACCACAAAACACCAGGCCCACAGUCACUAGCACAACUGUAGACUCUUAGUAUUAUUACACUUUAAUGCCCCACUCACUAUUUAUAAAAUACUAGUAACUUAAAAAGAAAAUCUGAAAGUGAAUAAAAGGGAACCCUACCUUACAUAUUAAGCUAUAUGUUUCUGAAAAAAAAAAAAAAACAUUGGAUGAUAAAUUAUGAUUAGAUUUUUUAUGAUUAGUUUUAAAAAAUAUAUAUAUAAAUAUCAUUUUUGUCAAGUCAGUUUAUUUAUGGGGCUUAAGCAACCAGUGUUUACCAAUGUAUUUUACAGAGAGAUCAUUACCAUGGAAACACAAACAGGAGAUAAAUAAGAUAAAAAUAUAAAAAAGUGGGUGGAUAAAAGUGGGAGAAUCUAUAGUUUCAGAUGAAGUCAUGAAAACACAACAGACCUAUUCACAUAAGUACUAAAAAACAGUGUGACCUAUCAUAUCUUUAGUGUUAGCCUUAAAAAUUCAGUCAGACUCCAUAUCAAGUCUGCACUCACUUUUGUCAGUAUCAUAUUAUUGUUAUGAUCUAGAUUAGACUUUUCACAUCAAUCUGAACUUCUAAACUAUAUUAUGAUGCAGUAAUAGUGUAAUGUUUACAAAAAUUAUUGCAGAUUUCAUGUACUGGAUUACACAACCUGAACAAGUUUUAAUGGUUAGCUAAUUGAAUUUCAAAAAUAAAACCUGGGAUGAUCAUUUGCAAACACUUUGAUUGUCUAUUAAUAAAAACCAAAAGACUUUUCUUCAUAUUGUAAAGGAAGAGAUAUAAUUGGUGAUUGCUCAAAAAUAGACCAUGAAAUGUCUAGUUUAACCAAAACAAUAAAAACUUUCACUGUCCAAAAGCCUCUCUGACUGCCCUGUAGGUCCAGGAUGUGUUCGUGCUUGUUUAGCGUUGUUGGCAGUGUCUUCCAGCAACUUCAAGCUAGUCACCAGUUCAUCUGAGAGUCACUUGGACAUGUUCAGAGUUACCAGUGUUCGGGACAGGACUUGUAGUUGCUGUGAGGAGGUCAGUAAGCUGAUCAUUACCAAAAGCUGGCACUGAAUGUCUGAUCAGAUAUAUAAUCUUGCUGACUUAUUCUUUGAUUAUCUGAAAGCUUAAGAUUCUUGAAAAAAGAUUGUUAUAUUUAUUGAAGUAUGGUAGCUGCAUGAGAAAUUGGCCAGUUGUUUUAUUCAUUUGAUUUAACCAGACCAGCAGUUCUCUACUUCCAGUCGUUGUGCACCAGCUAAGAUAAACACCCAACCAAGAUGACCUGGACCAAUAAUAUUUCUAUACUGGAUGUACAAACAUGAAACUGAUGUAGAUCUUUUUUUAAAAAAAUCAACUUUUGCUGUGCAUUAUCAGAGGUAGGGGUGACAAAAUGUGAUAUGCCAAAAUAAAGUGAUAUGUUGUUAUACCAAAAUAAGUUUAGUGUUAUAACGGAAUAAUUUGGUAUCGAGUAAACAACAAGAAAAUAUACCCUGUUAUAACACAAAUAUGUACAUAAAUGUGUGUGUGUCCGUUUGUGUGUGUAAUACCAGACACAUUAAGUAUUCAUACAAAAAUCUGAUACUGUCAUAAAGUAGUUCUGCUUAAUGAUGAGCAACAUUGUGGUUGGCCAAUGGCCAGUGUAUCCACUAGGGGACAGACUGGGGUUACAUCAUCUAAUUCUGCAUAAAGCAAACAUAACUAAACAUCGUGAGUGUCAACACUCAAAGUAUCAUAGUAUCUGACAUGCUGUUCAUGUGAGUAAUGUAACACUGCAAAAGAAUGCAGGGCUAAUAGCUAUCAUGCACACAAACAUUACUAAAUAAUAACAAGUAUAUCACAAACCAAAGCAGCACAUUCAUCAAAAUCUCAAACAAAAACGUUGCCAUCAUUUACCUUGAAUUGUUAAACGUGUGUGUCACCAUAGUUUGUAUUAACUUAUCUCUAUACUUUGUUUUACCUAUUGUAUUCAUUUAUAACCAAUGCUGAUGGAUCUUUGAGUGACUGAUCAAAGCAGCAGAACUAAAGUUUAGUCUAUUGAACUGCAGAUAAUCACUUUAAAAUGUCCUUUUUUUCUAUUAUUUGUUCCCCAAAUACUUACAGACAUCCCACUACCAUGUCAGCAUGUAUGUGCCAGUGACUUUUCCAAAAAAUGCAGCCAUGUUAGUUUAGAUGCAGAUUUAUCCGACAUUUUUCUCACAAAUUCUGAGUCAAGCAGCAGUCUAGCAGUGUUUUCUGUAACUGAUUAUACAAAUACAUUUGAUCCAAAUGUAUUAUAUGUUAGCAUCAGUUUGUACAUGAUUACAUCAUAUCACUUUCCAGUUGUUUUCAAGAAAUAUUUCAGUAUUGCUUUACUCCUUUCUUUCAGUUGUUUUGAUACUUGUAUAUGUCAGACCUAAACAUAUUUCUUUUUUUUAUCCAGUUCCACAGAGGAAUAACUGAUUGUGUUUUAUGCUACAUUGCAUGUAGUUUUGUGUACACAAUUUCUAGUGUUGUAACUGUGAAAAAGAUAACCACUGGGUUAUGAUUAUCAGUCUGUGAUUAUUUUGCUAAGUUAUUUCUUACCAAUACAUUGCUAUAUGUUGCUGUAUUUUUCAGCUUCACACACUGGAUUGGGAAUAAAAUUUCUGUA